AUGGACGGAGAUUCUAUGGGGUUUGGCUACCCAUGGAAGGACAAUGUUAACGGUGUCAAAGAUCCUUUCAGCAAUGAGAGACUGCUGCUGGGUGAGAUCCACCAUAUGCAUUGGGGACUCAACGGGCAGAACGAUGAUCUAGGCUAUCAGUUGAAUAAGCCUCUUCUUCCCGUUGCACGGCCUGCAAAGAAAAUAAGAAGCCAUAAUCAUAAUGCGGCCGCGGAUACUGCAGGUUUCAUUAACGAGUCUAUUCCCCUAGGCCUUCAUGACAUCCGAACACCACCACGUCAUACCACAAACCCCGCACAAACGGUCUUAAAUGACCCUAUUCCCCCAUCGACUGCUGAAACACAUUUGCUUGCUCAAAUUUUGGAGAUCUUCCCAGACAUCAGUCACCAGUACGUAGAGGGGUUAAUUGCUCGUCACAAGAAGACGAUAUCAGCUAGCGGUAGUAAUGCAACAUGCUCCGCUUUCGAACCGUUAAUGGCGAAAGAGAUUAUUGUCGAGGAGAUUCUGGAGGGUCCGUCGUAUCCAAAACAGGAGAAGCUUAAAAGAAAGACAGGCGAGACAGAUGAGACAGACAAGAACGAUGAUCAUUGGACAAUGCCCAAGGCACAUCAUGGUGCCCCUGAUUAUUGCAAACAGGCAUGCGAUAUCGUGGCACAGGAAUUUCUCUAUGUUCCCAUUCCAGCUAUUCGACAACUCAUUGCCCGCAAGAAAGGACUGUAUUCAACUUACCUGACACUCUUUGCGCAAGAGAACAUCCACUCCGAGUCACAACAGCUAGGCAUACGAUUGAAGCGGCCAAGACCAGUCGUGAAAACAAGCAAUACUUGGGACUACGACCUGAUAGUGGAACUAGAUGCCGCAAAAAGGAGGGCCGAGAAGGAUGCCGCUGCUUGCCGCAAGCAAAAGGAAGAGGAAGAUGCGGAGAGGCUUAACGAAGAGGAGCACUCUCGAACAGGCAACCUUGUGGAGUGCCAAUGCUGCUAUUCUGACGUCCCCUCAAACAGGGCAGUCCCUUGCGAAGGUGCAAGUGUCCAUUUUUUCUGCUUCACAUGCAUCCGGAAAGCCGCGGAGACCCAGGUCGGAUUAAUGAGAUAUAAGCUGCAGUGUCUUGACACGAGUGAGUGCAAGGCAAUAUUCUCUCAUUACCACCUGAAGGAGGCAUUGGGCCCGUCGUUAAUGGGGAAGCUGGAACGCCUUCAGCAGCAAGAUGAAAUCGAGCAAGCCGAAUUAGAGGGGCUUGAAAACUGUCCAUUCUGUGACUUCAAAGCUAUUUGUCCUUCGGUGGAAGACGACCGAGAAUUCCGUUGCUAUAACCCCUCCUGCGAAACAGUCAGCUGUCGCUUGUGCAAAGACAAGAGCCACAUUCCAAAGACGUGCGAUGAGGCAAGAAGAGAGAAAGGCCUUCCUGCACGCCACCUCGUUGAAGAGGCGAUGAGCGACGCUUUAAUACGUAACUGCCCCAAAUGCAAUGUCAAGAUCAUUAAAGAAUCCGGAUGUAACAAACUGGUCUGCAGCAGAUGCGCGUGUGUGAUGUGCUAUCUAUGCAAGAAGAACAUUACACGCGAACAGUACGAUCAUUUUGGCAGACCCCCGACUUAUUGCGAGACUCGUGAUGACAGCGAGUCGAAACGCUAUGAGGAUGAAGUUGAGCAAGCCCAGAAGUCAGCCGUUAGAAAGAUUUUGCGUGAGAACCCUGGCUUGACCGAGAAAGAUAUUCGAGUGAAUACCGGAAAGAAUAACGCCAAAGCUUCUAAAGCUCACCGAAAACGUCCACCUUUUCCGCCGCUGCCUCCUUUGCCGCCUCCUUUGCCACAUCAACCUCGGCGUCGGCAUACGAGGCGCACACCAAGACCUUUAGCCACUCAAACAUACAAUCAAAAUCAAGACGUCCUUCCACAACUAGGCCAAACAAACCCGUCUUUGUUCCCUAACGCACUGCAAUAUCCUCCAUUUGUUCCCCCACUCGAAAUGCCAGAUUUGCAAGGACUUGGUUUUACUGCCAUGUCUGCAUUUGAAAAUGACCUGGUUUCGCAUGCUGCCACGGCUAUGCCUGAUGACCCUUUCAUGACCACUUUUCAAGGGUUCGAUGGAAUUUUUGCACCUCAUGGAGAGUUCUUCCCUGAUACUCUUUCUUUUGGGUUGAACAUGGAUGAUGUCACAGGUACAGAAAAUCCACAAUUGCAGCCGCUUCCACCGCUAGGCGAUUAUGAUGCCGGUGUAAUGCCUGGCCAAAACGUCAUUAAGCCCACAUGGCUGGACGGUCACUUAUACAACUUCUGA